UCACCCGGUGGUGCCUGAGGGAAGAGCGACCGCAGCUGCUCUCAGCGCUCGAGACAAGCGCCAUUCAUCUGAGCGGACGGCGGGCACACCUGGUCGGACCGAAGGAGAGCACUUUCGCGACUAAAACAGCUCCACACAGGUACGACGGGGGGGGACUCGUCUUUGGGUUUUUAAAAGGAGCCAGAAAAGACAGUUUAAAGUUUCCUCCUACCUGUCAACAGCAGCCGGGUUAAUCACUUGAGGAAUGCGGUGCCAUUAGGACGGGAGCCGAGAGCUGAAAGUUCAUAUCAACUUCAACUUUAAGUUAAUUUUCACCAACUUGAGGAACUUAGCAAAAAGGGAUCAUGGCCACAGGCGGAUUUAAGCCAAAUGCCACGACAGACUUUUUGGAGGAAUGGAAGGCAAAACGGGAGAAAAUGAGAGCCAAAAUGCUGGGGGACAUUGCCGCAGCGACUGGUGCUCCCUUGGGUGCUAACACAAACAGCACCAGCAACAACAGUAGCCGCCACUCCGCUCCACCUGGCGCCGAGCUCACCAACAACGGCAACCCGGACCGAAGCGCCUCCGCUGGGAACUGCCUACCCUCCUCCUACUCGGUGGCUCGGUCCUCCUCCGGCACGGCUUUAAAGAGACCCGAAGAGGAAACGCACCACCCUGCUGCACCCACAGCCACCCCUGGGCCUGGGAGCAACAUGAAGAAAGCCCCGCCUCAGAUGGAGAAGGGUCAGUGCGCUUCCCCGGACUCCAGCCCCAUGGCUUGCAAUGACAGUGACAAGGAAAGUCCAUCACCCAGCAAGGCCAAGGAGAAGAAUAGCUCUGGUCCGAGUGCCAGAAAGGGGAAAGGACAGAUUGAGAAGAGGAAGUUGAGGGAAAAGAGGAGAUCAACAGGUGUUGUCAGCAUACCAUCCAAUGAGAGCCUGGAUGAGCUGGAUGAUGACAACACAGGGGAGAUGAACCGGAGGGAGGAGGAGGAGCUGGUUCAGGCCAACACUUUCCAGAAUGAGGCCAUGACAGCUGACCCCGCCACCGGCCACUUAAUGGAAACCCCCAGAUCUGGAAGCGGCCGCCACAAGAGCUCUGCAAGGCCAGGAUCUGAGGAAGAGGUGGGUGGAAACAGCAGACAACGACACAACCGUCACAGCAGAGAUGGAGCAGCUGCAGCACCAGGAAGUUUGGAGAAAAGGAUGGAGGAGCUGGAGAAGGAGCUGGCCAGAGAGCGUCAGGAGAACGGCAGGUUGCUGAAGGCCCACCAGGACAAAGACGACCUCAUCGAGAAGCUGAAGGAGGAAAUUGACUUGCUGAACAGAGACCUGGAUGACAUUGAAGAUGAGAAUGAGCAACUCAAACAGGAGAACAAGACUCUGCUGAAAGUGGUGGGUCAGCUGACGAGGUAGAACCGCCCCCGACAAACAAGGUCUCCCCUUGAUGAAUGGAGCAUCUCGAUUCUCUCCUUUCUCCUGACCUUCUGCCCUGGGUCAAGUCCAGCAGCAUGGCUUUUUACCUGUUUGAUUCUGUCUCUUUGUCUGUUAGAGGUGAACCUGUAAAGUAGUCGUCCUCAGCCUCACAUCCUUAAAUACAUCCCCCCAGGAGGAUUUAUUCCAUUUGUUGUGAAAGCUGAGCGAACUAGGGGCUAAUAGUCUCUGACAGCCUGGGGAUUGUCAUCGUAUACAUAUUUAAUGUAAAUUUAUUGUAUAUAGGCCAUUUAGAUUGUUCAUUUUUUUGAUUUUUGAUAAGGUCUUAAAAAGCAAAAGUAAAAUGAAUGUAUGUGCUACACAAACAAGCACACACAAAGUAUUUUAAAACUUGUUUAGAGGUUAAGAAAAGUCUGUGCACACAGCAGCCACCCAGGUAAAUUUAAAAAGAUCUCCAGUGUUGCAAUAUUUGAAUUGUGUCCGAGUGCAGUUUCAUCAGUGAACCUGUAACGAUGGAGCUUCUGUCAAGGAACACUUGGACCAAAUCAUUACAACAUCAAUACUGCUACCAUCAGCCAAAGUGGGCCUUGCAAUGCAUGUGAGAUUUUUUUGUCAAUUCUUAAAAAAAGCCUGGUGCUUUAUUAAUGAACACUAGUGCCAGAUUUACUUUCUUCCAUUAAUUUCUUGGUACAUUUGAAUCCCAAUAGGGCAUCUACAAACCUGAAUGACGAAAAUUGUAUUUUAAAUAUUUCCAAUUUAAAUAAUAAAGUUAACACAAGCAAGACUUUAUACCAAUUAUAUGCUUUGCGCAUUUCACCGUUAACAUCUGAGUAUUACACUUGCCCUUGAUGAAAUGUUUUAGGGUGAAACCCUUGCCUAGUAUAUGUGUGGAUUCUUUUUUAAAAAGCAUUUUGCUUUCUGUAAUUCGUUUACAAGUUAUGUCUUUGCAAUAUUUGGUAGAUGUUUAGCUGCUCUGUUUAUGGCAUCUAAGAUGUGUGGAGUGAGCUACAGUGCAUUUUUUGUAUGAUUACCAAAUGAACUGAAGGAACAUACUAUUUGAAAUGCAUCUCUUUUGUUUACUCAAGGGAACAGGCUUGGCUGGUAGUGUACUUAGUACUGUGUAUUUAGAUCAUUUUAUUCCACUGAGGAGCUGCUCAGUGAGCUCCUGUACUGGGGGCAAAUAAUCUAUAGGUUUUAGUCCAUCACUAGUCCAUCACUCUGCUUCCACAUACGUUCACAUAUUUUAGGGUAAAGAUCAUCCCCUCGCAGACAGACAUCACAGACCCAUCUCUCUUCCCAUUACAUUAUGCAUGUACAGAAGAUUAAGACAUUUAAUAAAAGUUUGAUUAUCUCUCUCCUCA